CAAAAUCCCACUUAACGCAUCUUUAAAAACGUAUUUCAAAAGAGGUUUUUAAACUCUUCUAUUUCUGUCUCAAGAAAGGCAUAAUCUUCAUCAAACGUACCGGGUUCCUUGAAACGGCACGAUUUAAGCCAUUAUCCUUCCGCAAGUAAAACACGAUGUAAUGGCACGGCGAGUGCCAUUUAUGAAAUAAAAGCUUAACUGCGAAUUACGAGUGAGGCUGAGCACACGCAUUUAAUCGAAAGACAUUGCAAAAUCCAUCCGCCCGCCAGUUAGCGCCCCCCCCCAACGUUUUGUUGCGCUCUCGGUACACAAUCGGGUGCCCAAUUGAUGGCACAAUGUCACGGUCGUGUGUGUGUAUGUGCACGAUUGGGGAAUAACGUAGAAUCCUAAUUUUCCGACAACUCCUCCUGCUGGGAGUAAGCCACACGGUGGAUGGAGUUGGAGGAACUUUAAUCUUUUCCUUUCAUGCCCGUGGAAUAAACUUUCCGAACGCCUUUGGACCAUUGUUGUUGUUUGGGUAGUCGCGUUUCACUGAAGAAAGUCGAAAGGCUCAACCAUUCGGAACGGAAACACGUUGUUCGGUUGUUGCAAAAGUUUGCCAUUACGAUGAUGCGCAUGCUCUCGCAUGGAAGUUACCGUGGGUUCCCUUGAGUGCCGUGAGUGAUCUUCAUAUCAAAAAGGGGGGAAACAUUGGUUCGUCUGUUCCUUUGGAAAGAACACGUUUCACGUCGGUCUGUCGGGUUUGCACGAUUCAUUCCGGUUUCAGUAGAGUAGUAGUGCGGAGUGUCGGUUAGUAACGGUAGUAUCUAACCAUCUUCCGGAAGCUUUGGUACCAGGCGUUGGGAAUUUAUUGGUGAAACGAGUGCUCUCGGUACACUAGUACGAAUCUCUUCACUUAAUUUCCUCAAGCAAAAGAGCUUUCCGAGGUUCGAUCGUGUAGCUUGAUUAGCUUGUGACCUAGAAGUGGUAAAUCGAUUUCCAUCCCCAACGUGUCUCAAGAAGUCUUCAAACUCUGUUGUGUGUUGUGCCAACAUCCAUGGUACCAUAUGAACCGUCCAGUAGUGGUGUACUAUCGUAAAAAAAGUGUACUAAAGAUUGAUGCACAAAUUGGGCGACAUUUCAAACAUAUUGUUUGCUAGCAUCGAAGCCAUACUACACGAGUGGUCACCCCAACGGAAGGCGCCACCAGUCCUUCGAUAUAAAGUGCAUUUAUAACGUGUGAUACACAGGAUGAGGUAAAGGCACAAGGCAUGACAAACUUGGUGCAAAUGUGCUUUCCACCCAGUGACGAUCCGGCGAGCGUUUUAACGGCUUCGCUUUAUCGUUCGCUUCAUCGAAGUAAUUGAUCAUUUGGGCACAUCAAUCGGUGACACGGUGGGGCUGAGGCAAAGAUAAAUAGAUAAAGGCAACCACUCGUAACGCGUCUGGCCAAAAUGAAGACUCCAAUCGUCAGUUGGUUCAGUCAGUCGGCGGAUGGCGUAAAUCCCACGCAGAUAGCCAUCUACGGUUCGGUUUCGUUCCUUGUCGUCUCGCUGCUCGGUUUGCUGAUCUACAUUACCUGUUCGAAGCGUUACCGGCUCAAUUGGUACGAAAAGAAUCUCCUCGAAUCGGCCAAGGAGCGUGAAGCGGCUCAACGUGGCAGCCGCCAGGGACACAUAACCUGCCCAAUUGCGUACAAUGUGGAUGCCGUUGCUGGGACGUCACGCUAUCUAAAUCGAGCCAAUGGUGCCGGUGGUAGCCCACAGACGAGAGCCGACCAUCCUCCGUUCUGGGCAUCGCAGGGUCUUUACCGGAAGAGUGACAGCCGGGGGCAGUUGAUUGACACAUCGGAUGAGGAAACAACUGGCGAGGACAGUGGUGAUUCUGCCUGCAGCAGUAGUAGGUCAGUUAUUGCGGCACCCAGCGGUGCGGUGGCCAUCGCCAGCACGGGUAAACAUGUCGUGCUUGUUACGUCAAGCCCGGCCAAACCUACCACCUCAAUGGUGUCUACGGGGGCGGCUGGCGGAAGCACAGCCGGCUCAAGCAAGGUUGACCAAGCUAAGAUCGAUAUGCUAGACUCCGUCAGCACGUGUAGUACGGCUAGCCGGGACGAGCUUGGCGGUGAGGACGCCCGUGGUGCGAUACAUCUGACACUGAGCUACGAUCCUGCUGCCGGCAUCCUAAACGUGAAGCUGGUCGAGGCCCAGGACCUGCAGCCACAGGACUUUAGCGGGACGGCAGACCCAUACGCCAAGAUAAGGUUGCUGCCCGAUCGGAACAAUAUGUGGCAGACGAGGAUUCACAAGAAAACGCUCAACCCUGUAUUUGAUGAAGACUUUGUGUUUGAGGUGCGUUCCGCUACGAUCGGCAGGCGAACACUCGAGAUUCUUCUGUUCGACUUUGACGCGUACUCACGUCACGUGUGCAUCGGUGGCGUACAGUUUCCACUGGCACAAGUUUGUCUGGCCGAACGAAUAGACAUCUGGCGUCCACUGUUACCAUAUACCGAACAGGACAACAAGCAAGAUUUAGGCGAUUUGAUGGUUUCGCUAUCAUAUCUCCCCGCGGCGGAAAAGCUCACGGUCGUCAUCAUUAAGGCACGCAAUCUGCGCGUCAUCGACGGUACACGGAAUUCAUCCGAUCCGUACGUGAAGGUGUGCCUGUACAACGCGGAUGGACGACGUAUCAAGAAGCGCAAGACGACGGUGGCACGCAACACGACCGCACCCGUCUACAAUGAGGCCCUCACCUUCGAUAUUAGCCGCGAAAUGUUGCGGGACUGUUCGAUCGAGUUCCAGGUGCUGCAUGACAGUUUGUUGGGUAGGAAUGAAACGCUUGGCCGAGCGACGGUCGGCAGUGGGCCAGAGUUUCGGCAGGAAAACCGAAAGUUCUUCGACGAGUUGUUCCGUACACGGGCUGCCACUGCCCAGUGGAUAUCAUUGUGUGAGCUGAAGUUGAAAUCGGACACGACGUCAAAGAAAAAGUGAACGAGCUCAAGGAUUUUAGAGAAGUAUGACAAGGAUUUUAGCAAAGCUAAACUUGCACAAAAAACUUACUGUAGCAUACGUUAUGUACAAUAUUGCUAGUUAAUCUUGGUUCCGUCAAGUCCUUCAGUUAUCAAGUUUAUGAUAACGAUCGAUAAAAAAAACUUUUUUUCCCAUAAAAAAAGUAAUUAUAUGUAUUUACACUUGUGGUUUUGCAUAAAAUGCAAUGGUGGAGAAACGCAUUUGUUUUCAAACAGCAUGGAGGUAUACUUUCUUGCUUCCAUUGUCCAAUGUUGGUUUUUCUGUAACGAAAAGUCUGCAUUUUACAAGAAGCUUUAACGAUAUGGUACUAAUUUAAGAAGAUACAAGAGAGCACUUCAUUUGUUUGGUAUGAUUUAUUCACGCUUUCCCGCACCAAUUUCACGCCUUCCUGGAAGCACUUAUUUAGGGCCGCCAUAAAUCACGUUGGUUCCUAUGGCACACCUUAUGCACCUCUCCUGUUUACACCACACACAAACUCACACGUUAAAUAUUUACAAAAUAUACAUGUAUACAUACAAAUAUCAGACAGGACUGGGUGGGAACAAACGCGAAGUGGAAUGAAGAAACAACAGGCAGAACAGCAAAGCAAAGUAACAAAUAAAAAACAUACAUACAUAAGUACGGUAAACGUUUCAAAGUACCACCAAUGUUUAUGCUAACGGAGGACUAUCAAAAAGUGCGAAUCAAAACGGGAUACCUAGUAGCAUCAGGCGAUGUAUGGCAGGAACCAUAUAUUGAAAACAAUGAAACAUAUUUAUACAACCACAGAGAGAAAUGUAUUUAGUAGAUGUGAAAAACAACAUUCAAUAAUAAAUAUUGUGUAUCUAAUCCAUUGGAUGUAUACUUGAAA